CAAGCUGCGAUGAUACACAUGGCGGCGGCGGCGGCGGGGGGAGGGGGGUUGGCAGCGCGCCCGCCGGAUCGCGGUCACACACUAAAACACAGAUUUCUCGGGAAAAAAGUCACGCACUUCGCGAGUCGACCGCGCCAGCCGGCAGCCGCCUCAAGACGCUUCGGUGCGUCUCAAGCAGCCUCGCCGCGUCCGCAGCCCCCGCCCUGAAACUGCAGUGAGCUUAUAUGGAGUCCAUAACGAACACAUAACAUGCUUACCGCCCUUGCAAGAACUAAAACUGGAGCAAAGAUCGGUAUGUAAAGUUUUAUUUCCUACAUACAUGGUUACAUUUAUCUAGAUACAAUCUCACAGGAUGCUGGACGCAAUGAGACCGUGUUUGUGUGAGCUAAUUCAGCGUCAUGGUCGCUGCAAGCGCUGACGCACGCGCGAGCCUCGGCUGCGGUCGGCGGCGGCGACCACAGCCACAUCCACUGUGUAAACAUCGCAGGAGAGGUCGAGGCGUAGUUCCGCCGCCGCCGCCGCCGCCGCGAGGGCGCCACUGCACUCCUGCACACUUCCAGAUGUAAACAGUGAUAUUAUUAGCGAGCUAUCAACGACAUCGUACAUUUUAAAGUUUAUACAAACAAUAAUUCGGGUUUUUCUCGACAUCUGCUCUUAGUGAGUCAGUUUUAUUUGCGAGUCGGUUUCAUUUAUAACGUGUCCAUUCACCCGAAUAAAAAUUUCAGUGUCAUUAAACCUAAUCAUAACUAAUCAAAGAAAUUCAACAAGCUUCUCGUAUUCGCAAGUAGUGAACUGAUUUAAAAUGGCGCUCCUUAAACGCUCAGUGAAAAGUUGUCUACGUAGCGUAGUGUGAAGCCGUGAGCCGCUACUCUCCUCGCCCCCCGCUCCUGCUCCCCCCUGCCCCCUGGCCUGGUGGUGAUGGACACGGUGUUCCCGGCGCGGCUGCUGCGGCGGCGCGGCGCGCGCGCCCGCUACCGCACGCAGCCCGUCACCUUCGCGGAGAUCAAGGAGGUGGAUGAGGAGCUGGAAGCCGCGGAGGAGGCUCCCCCCGCGCCCCCCGAGGCGGCCCCCGCGCCCCCCGCGCUCACCCGCAGCUGCACGCGCCGCGAGCGCCGCGCCCCCGCCCCGCGCCGCCGCGCCCCGCCUGCGCCCGCGCCCACCGCCGCCGACCCGCCCCCCGACGCACCUGCAUCGUAGCCGCGGCCAUCACCACCGACCCACUUCUGUUAGUGUUAGGUAGAUAGGAACGCUUAGGAGCUAGUGUUGAGGUAGCUUGGGAGAUCAUAGAUGCAGUUCAUUGACAUAAGGUAAUAGUGUCUGAGUUGAAACAAACCCUAGGAAACCACUGUGAAAAUCUACCCGACUCCAUAUUGCUGUAAGUUCCCUAUGUAUGGUCGUGUGUCUGAGGCGUUAGGGUGAAGGAAGUACCAAAGACUGACAACAUCACUGUAUCGCGUCGGGGUCACCAGUUCGUGCAGGAUCUCUUCUUUAUAUUGUGCAAUAAAAGAAUUAAAUAAAUAAAUCUCUCCUCGGCCAGGCGGGUGGAGGCUCAGGGGGCUGCGGGACAACUGCUAUUGUUGCCAGUUUAUUCGAACGUAGAUAUCAACUUCCUACUCGUGUGUUUUUCGAAUCUUCGACGUACGUUCUCACUGAAGUAGGUACUUCUCUGUGGCUAAGAGGAAACCUGAAGCCUCAUGCACCGUGUGUAAAAUAAAUGUGUCUUUUUAUGUAAAAUGUGUUAUGUGAUAUAUGUAGAUUAGUUUACUUAAUAUGUAAGAAUGAGUAGCAGGUAGGUAGGUACUUACUACGUAAUUAGAAAAAAAUGUGAUCGAUCAUAGUCUCAUGAAUUUAUUGUACAAUAAUAAUAAAAUAUGGUUUCAUACCCGCA